GUUGCCAUUUCCCAUUAUUUGCCGCUCCUUUCCUCUGUCACUUGGUCUUCCCGCCGGCUGCGUAACGAGAAGGAGCGGCGAGACUGAAAUCCGCCGCCAGAAGGCUCAUCUUCAGAUCUUUCGGCUGAAGAAGAAAUUACACAAUGGUGGGAUCGAAAAAGGAGCUGACGAGUUACGAAGAAAUCCGGCGGCAGAGAGUGGAAGAGAACAAGAAGAGGAUGGAAGCCCUCAACUUGCUGAAGCUCGCUAAGCAUCUUCGCCCCCAAUCUAAUCCCUCCGCCAAACCUUCCCCUGCGAAACCCAGACCUCGUCGGCCGGCGGUGCUGGCUCCGGCGAGGAGGUCGGCUCGAAUAGCGGACAAUCCCACUGUUAGCUACAAGGAAAGACCAGUGGAGCCAUUAAUGGAAGCAAGAAGGUUUGGCACAAGGAGGUCAUCUCGAAUAGCGGACAAGCCCGCUGUUAGCUACAAGGAAGUGAGUGCUACUCCCUCUCUCUCUGUCUCUACCCUGUUCAAGAUUCGAGCUUCGGAUCGAUACACACUGAAACUACUUUCUGGGUUUUCUGGCAGGGACCAGUGGAGCCAAUAUGGGAAGCAAGAAGGACCUUUAGCUACCAAUGUGAAGAUGGAGGCGACUCAGAAAAGGAAAACCAAGAUGAGGAGGACGACGAAGAAUAUUCGGAGGGAAAGCAGGACGAGGCAGAAGACGCGGAGAACGAAAACGAGAACGAGGAAGACGAUGAUACGGAUGACACUAGGAGGCGUUCCAAACGAGUCAGAGCAGGUCGAAGGUAGCAUCCAGUUUGGAGCUGAAAAUGAGGAUUUUGUUUUGGGCACUGGAAACAGUAGGCAUCCAUUUUGUGCUGUAGAAAAGGUAGCCUUCCCAAGGUGACGACUGAUAUUGAGUUUUAAUCUGUAGUAAAACUACAACGCCAGUUUCACUCUAACCAUCCUGUAAUCGUAGCUGUAGCUAGCUAACAACUGCAGCACAAAUUGCUGAUUUUGUCAUUGGCUGAUAACGGUAUAACGAUUAUCAACCCAGAUCAAGCUAACGGUUCAACGUCUACUUUAUCGUAGAUGAAUGUUCGUUCUUAAAAGACGGCACAAAUAGUCCAG